CAAUCAAAACUCUCUAUUUGUAGGUUUCCAACCAAUCGUGAAAAGUUGUGGUGACUUUCAUGCGAACACAACCGGUGGUGAUAUAUGUGCACAAUACGAUCUGUGGCGACCGCAAAACGAAUGCGUGCCCCAACUAGAAUAUCAGUUCAAAUCCGUAAAUGUUGAGUUCGACUAUUUGUGUAGCGAAGGUAAGGCAGUGAAGACGAGUAUUUCGAUUCAAAUGCUUGGUAUCUUGUUCGGUACAAUUUUCUUCGGACAAAUGAGCGACUCGUAUGGCCGUCGAACUGUGCUCUUGAUCAGUAGUACAACUGCAAUCAUUUUCGGUGCAGUGAGCUCGUUUGCGGGUUCACUGUGGACAAUGACCGCAUGGAGAGUGCUGACCGGUUUCCUUGCCGGUGGCGAAGUUGUCUUCUCGCUGGAGAGUCCCCGAUGGUUAUUCCAAAAGGGUAAAGCAGACGAGUUGAGAAAAGCGUUGAGACGCAUCCGUGGAAAGAAACGUGUCGCAAGUGAGAAGGAAAACAAACAACAACACUAUCCAUAUCAUCUCUUCUAUACCUGGCAACUACUCACCUAUUCGUGUGUCAUUGGCUUGGGAAUGUUCAUCACCAGUGUUAUCAACUAUGGAUUACUGUUCAAUAUGGAGAGUUUGUCCGGAUCGAUCUACAUCAAUUCGAUAUUCUUCGGCGCCUUCAGAUGGGCGCUGAAUAUAGGCGCAGGUGCUAUCGAUUUCUUCGUUCCAUCGGUUGGGAGAAAAGUGUUGCAUUUCAUCUCAGUUGGAUUCAUCGCUGUGUGUAUCGUUAUCAAUUUCAUUGUAAUGGCACUCGGUUUGAAACAAUUCGAUUUCCUGAUUCGUUAUGGUGCGUUAGCAGCGGCUGCAAUGUGCGCUCAGUUGUACCUAACCAAAACACUCGCCAUGGUAGAGCUAUAUCCGACGGCAAUCCGUAACAUCGCUACGUCCACUAUGGGUAUUCUCAGUCGAAUUGGAAACUCCAUCUCGCCUCAACUGUUCUUUUUGGGUGAAAUAUGGUUGCCGUUACCCUAUCUGACUAUGGCACUGAUGUCGAUCUGGGAUUUGAUAAACUUCCAAGUGUUCCUACCCGAAACGAAAGGCAAACCUCUCAAAGAUCACUUGCCAGGUCCAGAGGAGUGUAUCUGGAGAAGAAAGAAGCGUACACCAUCCACUGCAGCAAACACCAGAGAAAAUGCAGUUUAA